UCGUAAAAUCAAAGAGGGAGACGAGGAUCAACAAGGAGGGACAGGAAAGUUUCUGAGGAAGAAAACGAGAGAGUGAAGGGCCGUCCUUAGCCAGUCUUUCAUUUGAAGCGUGUGGUUGUGUCUGUGUUUAUUAUCCUCCUCCUCCUUCAUUCCAGAGAUAUGGCAUUACCAGAAUUAAAAAGUACAAUUUGGUAUCAUGGUAGGGUUGAUAGACCCACGUGUGAGUCACUCCUGAUAAGCAAGAGGCCUGGAUCCUUCCUAGUAAGAGACAGUGCUACUUGUCUUGGAGACUAUGUAUUAUCAGUAAGUGAGAAUAACAAAGUCAGUCACUACAUUAUAUCAAGGAGAGGUCCCCUCUACUUGAUCGGCGAUCAGUCGUUUCAGGAUCUCUUUUCAGUCAUAGAGUUUUAUAAGAUGCACUUCUUGGACACCACAACACUCACAGAAGCAGUACCUCCUCCUGGUCGAUCCUACCCUCCCCCUCAGUCUCACCCUCCCAUUGCGGCUUCACCAAUGACAGGACCAGUACACCCUGGGGUACUACCACCUCCGGAACAAGUAGUGGGUAGACUUGUAGUCCGAGGGAAAUUCGAAUUUAGAUCAAACGACCCAGAGGAUCUUCAAUUCAACAAAGGUGACAAGAUGAUUGUCAUUAGAAAAGACGAAGACGAGUGGUGGUUUGCUCAGCACGAGGACGGGAGACAAGGAGCUAUUCCUGUACCUUAUGUUGAAGUGGUGGAAGAGCAGCCACUUAAAGCUAGGGCAUUGUCUGAUAGAGAUUGUCCUUAUGAUCCUACAGCUUUAUCAUUCAAGAAAGGAGAAAUAAUCAAAAUACUAAAAAAGAAUGAUAAUGGGAUGUGGGAGGGCGAGACUUCAAGCGGCAAAAGAGGACACUUUCCUUUCAAAUUAGUAGACCUAGUCUGAUGGUAGCGGCCAUUUUCAGACUCAUGAUUUCAUUAGUGCAGUUUGAUUCAUUCUUCUUCUCUUCUUCUCUCUGCUUCCUCCUCAUCCUUUCCCCCCCUCUCUCUCUCUCUUUGCUCUUUCUGACUUUUAGUGAUAAUUUUAUAAUGUCUUCUAGUGUGCAAAUCUCUCUUUACUGCCUUCUCAUUUAUGUGGCAACCUGAUUUAUGAUUAUGAUUAUUAUUAUUAUUAUUAUUAUUAUUAUUAUUAUGAUCAUUGUGAUUCUUAUUAUCAUUGUUUUUUGUCAUUUUGCUAUACUAUUAAUCUCUCACAACUAUUAAUCUCUCAAAACUUUUUCACAUCAUUUUAUUUGAUAGAUAAUACUGUAGAUCCUGG